AUGGGCUUUCUUACUUCUGAAGGAAUUCGAAGUUCAAUUGCUUCCUGCAAUGCAUCACAGUUUCAAUGCGGAAAUGGGCGCUGUAUACCAUUACUGUGGAAAUGUGAUGGUGAUGAUGACUGUACUGAUGGAAGUGAUGAAAUGGGUUGUUCUCAGGCCACUUGUGGAACUUCUGAUUUUGUAUGCCGCAGUGGCCAUUGUCUGCCAAGCAAAUGGCAAUGUGAUGGUGCACUUGAUUGUGAAGAUGGGUCGGACGAAAGUCCAGAUAUCUGCCACAAGAGAAGAUGUCACCUGAAUGAAAUCAGCUGUGGCCCUGGCACUACUCGGUGUAUUCCUGCUUCCUGGAAAUGUGAUGGUGGAAGGGACUGUGAGAAUGGCAGUGAUGAAGAGAACUGUGGCUCUUUUAAUUGCAGUAUUUUUGAGUUUACUUGUUCCAGUGGCAGAUGCAUUUCCAAGAUAUUUAUCUGCAAUGGUGAAGAUGACUGUGGUGAUGGAAGUGAUGAAAAAGGCUGUGUUCCCCAAUCCUGUGGCCGUCACGAGUUUCAGUGCAAUAAUUCUGAAUGCAUCUCCCUGAGUUGGGUCUGUGACAACAAUGUCGAUUGUGCUGACCAAUCUGACGAAUCUCCUGAACGUUGUGGGAAUACUGUUCUUCAUACAACCUGCUCUCACGGUGACUUUGUAUGUACUUCUGGUGAAUGCAUCAAUCAACAUUUUCACUGUGAUGGCGAUGGUGACUGUAAAGAUGGAAGUGAUGAAGUUAAUUGCUCUCUUCGAACAUGUAGACCAGACCGUUUCAGCUGUGGUGAUGGUAGUUGCAUCCCUAGAACCAAAAUAUGUAACGGAAUUACAGACUGUCCUGAUGCUAUCGAUGAAAUUCACUGCGAAAAUGAGUGCAAAAAUCCAAAUGAAUUCAAAUGCCAAAAUGGAGAAUGCAUACCAAUAACUAAACUCUGUAACCACAAAUGGGACUGCAGAGAUCGGAGUGAUGAGCCUUUCGAAUGUCGAAUAAAUGAGUGCUUGGUGAACAAUGGUGGUUGCUCUCAUACUUGCCGGGAUCUUCCUAUUGAUUUUGAAUGUGAUUGCCCUGCUGGCUUUGAGCUAGUUGAUGAGAGAACCUGUGACGAUAUGAAUGAAUGCCUGAAUUCUGCAUCCUGCAGCCAGAUUUGCAUCAAUUUAAAAGGAAGUUAUAAAUGUGAAUGCCAUGAAGGGUAUCGCAUGGAUGCAGCUGAUGGUACAUGCAAGGCUGUAGGCAAAGAGCCUUACUUGAUCUUUACAAACGGCCAUGAUAUUCGCAAGCUUGGAUUGCAUCAUCUCGAGUACACCCAGGUAGCCAUGAGGCUGAGAAAUCCUGUAGCACUGGCCGCUGAUGUUGCAGAGGAAAGAAUAUUCUGGGCUGACUUGACACGUCAGGCCAUUUUCGGCAUGUCCAUGAAUAAAUAUCGGGGAAUUCCUGGUCAUUCUUUACUUGUUAAGAAUUUGAGCAUUCCCACGGGAAUUGCAGUGGAUUGGGUCCACAAGCACAUCUACUGGACUGAUCGCAGUGCUAAAGCAAUAUCUGUGGCUACAAUGGAUGGAUCUAAAUGGAAAACACUUUUUGAUGACAACAUGGCAAAACCAGCCUCUGUAGCAGUUGAUCCAUUAUCAGGAUUUAUUUACUGGUCUGAUUGGGGUGAACCAGCAAAGAUAGAGAAAGCAGGAAUGAAUGGUGUUGGUCGACAGAUCUUGGUUGACGUGGACAUUCAGUGGCCAAAGGGCAUUGCACUUGAUACUGUGAAGAGUUGUCUCUAUUGGGUUGAUUCCAAGUUGCACACAUUGUCAAGUAUAGGCCUGAAUGGACAGGAUAGAAGAACUGUGCUUUCGUCACCAGAUUUCCUUUCGCGACCUUAUCGCAUUGCAGUAUUUGAGGAUCGUAUUUUCUGGUCCGAUGAAGCCACUGAAACUAUCUAUGGAGCUAACAAGUUCACAGGAGCAGAUCUUCAGACUUUGGUUUCUCAUCUUCAGAAAUCUCCCGAUCUCCUAAUUUAUCAUGAGUUGAUGCAGACUCCGGGUAAGAAUUGGUGCAAUGAAUCAUUGGAUGGUGGUUGUGAAUACAUGUGUCUCCCUGCACCUCAGAUGGAUAGUUCCUCUCCAAAGUAUUCUUGUGUGUGUCCAUCGGGAAUGAAAGUGGAGAAUGGGCAACGGUGUCGAAUAGACAUAACAGCAUGUGGAUUUCAUGAGAUCAGCUGUGGCUUAGGAUCUCUUCAAUGCAUUCCUGUCUCAUGGAAAUGUGAUGGUGAAAAGGACUGUGCAAAUGGUGGUGAUGAGGAGAACUGUGGCACUUCAACUUGUAAUAUUCUGGAAUUUACUUGCUCAAGUGGCAGGUGCAUUUCUCAAUCCUUUGUUUGUAAUGGUAAAGAUGAUUGCGGUGACGGAACUGAUGAAAGAGGCUGCACUCAAUCAAUCUGUGGAUUACAUGAGUUUCAGUGCAGUAGCUUGGAGUGUAUCCCCUCAAGUUGGUUGUGCGACAACAACAUUGACUGCACAGAUAAAUCUGAUGAAUCGAUAGAACACUGUGGCCGCACGCUGUCUUCUGUUCCUUCUACCUGUUCUUCCAAUGAGAUCCUCUGCAAUUCGGGGGAAUGCAUCCAUCGCCAAUGGUACUGUGAUGGAGAUAGUGACUGCAAGGAUGGAAGUGAUGAAAUCAACUGUCCUCCUCAAACCUGUCGACCAGAUUAUUUCAGAUGUGGUGAUGGUUCCUGUAUCCGUGGAGGCCGUAAAUGUAAUGGAUACAAUGACUGUGCUGAUGGCAGUGAUGAAAUUAAUUGUAAAAAUGGUUCAGUGUGUACCAUGCCAACGCACUUCAGAUGCCAAAGUGGUGAAUGCAUAGACAUCAUCAGAGUCUGUAACCAUCAUCAGGACUGUGCAGAUCAGAGUGAUGAACCCGCUGAAUGCAAUGUGAAUGAAUGUCUAUUGACGAAUGGUGGAUGUUUGCACAUUUGCAAUGAUCUCAUCAUUGGCUACAAAUGUGAGUGCCUUCCUGGUUUUGAGCUGUAUGACGAGAGAUUCUGCAGAGAUAUUGACGAAUGUCAAAAUCCUGCUGCCUGCAGCCAAACUUGCAUCAACAAUGUGGGAAGUUAUGAAUGCCUAUGUCACAAAGGGUAUCGCAUGGAUCCAGUGAAGGGGAAUUGUAAGGCAAAGGGGGAAGAGCCUUAUUUGGUUUUCACUAACCAUCAUGAUAUUAGGAAAAUUGGAUUACACAAAAUGGAGUACACUGAGAUAGAGUGGCAAUUGCGAAAUGCUGUAGCAGUUGAUGCUGAUGUUGCAACACAGACCAUGUUCUGGACUGACUUGACACAGCAAGCAAUCUUUAGUGCAUCCAUGGAUAAAAAUGCAAAAUCUGUGCGUAAGUCCAACAUAGUCAAAGAUCUAGGAGUUCCUGAAGGUAUUGCUGUGGACUGGAUCUAUAAGCAUCUUUACUGGACUGAUUGUGGCACAAAGACAAUCUCUGUUGUGAAGUUUGAUGGAACAAAAAGAAAAAUCCUCUUUGAUGUGGACCUAAGGGAACCAACUUCCAUAGCUGUUAAUCCACUCGCGGGGUUUGUUUACUGGUCGGACUGGGGUGAGCCAUCAAAAAUUGAAAAAGCAGGGAUGAAUGGUUAUGACCGUAGCCUUCUGGUUUCUAAAAACAUUGAAUGGCCACAUGGCAUUGCUCUUGAUCUGGUGAAAGGUCGUCUCUAUUGGGUUGACUCAAAACUCUACACAUUAUCAAGUGUAGACUUGAAUGGUGAAGACAGAAGAAUUAUCUUGGUGUCAAAGGAACUCCUGGCUCACGCCCUUGCAAUUACCAUAUUUGAGGAUAAUGUGUUCUGGGUUGAUGGAGAAAGAAAAGCACUUUAUGGAGCCAACAAAUUUACAGGUUCUGAUACAAGGCUUUUGGCCUCGGACCUUCAGGACCCUCGCGACCUUGUUGCAUAUCAUAAGCUGACUCAACCAUCAGGCAUCAACUGGUGUGAGAAUCUGAAGACUGCAAGCUGUGAAUACAUGUGUCUUCCAGCUCCACAAAUUGACAGACAUUCUCCCAAAUAUACCUGUGUGUGUCCGUCUGGGUUGGAGCUGGAUAAGGACGGGCAAAACUGCAGGAUGGGUAUAUUUGAUACGUGUGGAGCAUCUGACUUUGUGUGCAGCAAUAAACAAUGUGUACCUAGUAGGUGGUUGUGCGAUGGCAAAGCUGACUGUGAAGAUGGAUCUGAUGAAAGUACAGACAUUUGUCAUCAAAAAACAUGUCUUGGCCAUCAAAUCAGCUGUGGGCCUGGAUCCCUGCAGUGCAUUCCUGCUGCAUGGCACUGUGAUGGAGAGAGGGACUGCAAGAAUGGUGCCGAUGAGGUUGAUUGUGGUAAAAUUACUUGUGAUCCUUUGGAAUUUGCUUGCUCCAGUGGAAGAUGCAUUGCAAAGACAUUUGCCUGCAAUGGUAUGGAUGACUGUGGUGAUGGAAGUGAUGAAAAGGAUUGUGCUGCUUCUACCUGUGGCAUUCAUGAGUUUCAUUGCAACAGCUUGGAGUGCAUCCCUUUAAACUGGGUGUGUGAUAACAAUGUGGAUUGUACUGAUAAAUCAGAUGAAUCUCCCGACCGUUGUGGACGCACUAUUCCUCCUUCGGCCUGCCCUUCUAGUGAGUUCCAGUGUGCUUCGGGAGAAUGCAUCCACCGUCGCUGGCACUGUGAUGGUGAUGCAGACUGCAAAGACGGAAGUGAUGAAACUAAUUGCCCUCCCCGCACGUGCCAACCUGAUCACUUCCAGUGUAAUGAUGGAACUUGUGUCCCUGGGAUAAAGCGAUGUAAUCAGUUCCGAGACUGUAAUGAUGGUGUUGAUGAAGUUAAUUGCCAGAAAGUUUCAGAAUGCAUGGGACAAACUAAGUUCAAAUGUCGCAGUGGAGAAUGCAUAAACAUUACCCAAGUAUGUGAUACUAAGCAGGACUGCAAAGACUGGAGUGAUGAAAUUCUUAGUGAAUGUAACAAGAAUGAAUGUUUAAAAAAGAAUGGUGGCUGUUCCCACAUAUGCCAGGAUCUCGUCAUUGGCUAUGAAUGUGAAUGCCCAGCUGGUUAUGAAUUGAUCAACAAGAUGACCUGUGGAGAUAUUAAUGAGUGUCGCAAUCCUGGAUCCUGCAGUCAAGUUUGUGUUAAUACAGAUGGAAGCUACAAAUGUGAAUGUCAUUCGGGUUAUCUUAUGGAUCCAGCUAGUGGAGCUUGCAAGGCAAUAGGAAAAGAGCCUUAUUUGGUUUUCACAAAUCGCCAUGAAAUCAGAAAGCUUGGGUUACAUCACCAGGCGUACACCCAGAUUGCAGUGCAGCUGAGAAACGCUGUAGCACUGGAUGCUCAUAUGUCGGAGGGGAGAGUCUUCUGGGCUGAUGCGAGUCAGCAGGCAAUCUUCAGUAUGAUGCUGAAUAAAAGAAAGGAUGCAGCUGCAACGUCCAUAAUUAAUGACCUGCAAAUCCCUGAAGGAAUUGCUGUGGACUGGAUCUACAGACUAAUUUACUGGACUGAUCGUGGUACUAAAACACUCUCUGUGGCUAACUUUGAUGGAACAAAAAGGAAGAUUCUUUUUGAUACAAAUCUAAAGGAACCAGCUUCUGUUGUGGUUGAUCCACUAUCAGGAUUUAUUUACUGGUCUGACUGUGGUACUCCAGCAAAGAUUGAGAAAGCGGGAAUGAAUGGUGUUAACCGCCAGCUUUUACUUUCUGUCAACAUUGAGUGGCCAAAAGGCAUUGCACUUGAUCAUAUGAAAGGGCGCCUGUAUUGGGUCGAUGCAAAGUUGCACACAUUAUCAAGUAUAGACCUCAAUGGUCAGGACAGAAGAACGGUUUUGCAAUCACAUAAAUUUCUUGCGCACCCUUGUGCUGUGGCCCUAUUUGAGGAUCAUGUCUAUUGGGCUGAUGAAAAAGGAAUCUAUGAAGCCAACAAGUAUACUGGAGAUAAUGUGAAGCUUUUAGCCUCAAAUGUUGAACCUGGAGACAUCGUAAUUUAUCAUGAGCUAAUACAGACAUCUGGGAAAAACUGGUGUGAAGAUUUUGGAACCUGUGAGCACUUGUGUCUCCCUGCUCCUCAAAUUAACAGUCGAUCUCCGAAGUAUACUUGUGUAUGUCCAACUGGAAUGGUGCUGAACAAUGAUGAGCAGCAUUGUCAUAAAGGUAGUGUCAAGGUCCAGUUCUUACUCGGGUUAAUGACAUGUACAUGGUCCUCAUCGACCAUGUUGUUUGUGUAG